AUGGAAAAUGGUUCAGGCAACGAAAUUAAUCAGAAUGAUUUACUAGAUGAUUUCAUCAAUCCUUUUCAUGAUUCCUCUACCAGUUUGAGUUUAUCUAGAGAUCCUGUAUCUGAAUUUAUGGAUACUGUGUCACCAUCUCAGGAUCAACCAGCAGGUAAUCUUCCUGAGAUGUUUUUACCAGGCACUAUUAUUCAUGUAGUACCAAAUAACAACGGCAUGGAAGGGACUCUAUGGAAAAAUUGGAGAAUUCCACAGAAGUACAAAGUUUAUACAGUGGACAGAAAUUCUUUCAAGGACAUAAUUGUGUCACCAUCCAUGUUCCUGGAUCAUCUACCUUGGAGGUGUGACUUUGCCUUGCGAAAAGCAUUGGAAGAGAUGAGUGCUCAAAAUCUCUACGAGAGAUCUGACAUUGUGUGA